AACUACAGAACAGAGAGGUACCUCAAAAAAAAAAAGCCCAAAACAGAGUAGAACUUUCCUAACAGAGGAAUCGUUGCCGACUCUGGUGAAAUGACAGCAAAACAAAAACAUAAUAAUCUGACUAAGAAAUCCCAUUUAUGUUUCUCCUUCUCUCACUGAACUUCGAUCUCAGUAAAGGAUGGCAAGACCAUGGGUACUGGUGUUCUUGCUGUUGUUCAUUGUGCUCACCUCUCAGAUAGAGUGGAAACAACAAUUUGGUAAUGAAAUUGAAGCGAGUCCAAACAUUUCCCAGAAAGACCACCAACAACAACAUAGUUCAAAACGACAAGACGUUGUCAAAGAAAAGAUAAUCCUCUCACAAGAGAAGAAUAUUCAGAAACUUAAUGAGCUUGUCCAGAGUCUCCAAGAACAGUUGCAACGGUGUAGGAGUGAAAAUUAUGUUCUCAACAGCACUGCAACCCCUUUGACUGAACAUUUAAAUGACCUCAAACAGCAACCAAUAUUGGAGGACUAGACAUGGACCGCCCAUGUUUAACUUUGAUAUGUUUGGUAUGUACUUGCAGACAAACCUAGUAUUUCUGUCUCGGCAAUUUAACUUCCCUAGGAGAUGAUCCCUGUUAUUUUAUAUGACUCUUAUAAUACAAUCAUUAUCCACAUUUUCAAUUGUUAAUAUUGAAUGGAUUGCUAAAGCCUGUAUCCUAUUCAUCACCCAUUUUGGAGGAAUUUAUUAUAUUCUGCAACUAAUCACAAUUUAUUCUGUA